CCAGGCUCCACGUGACGCUUUGGAAUGCGGUGGUGACGUCAUCCCCGGGGGUGGGGGUCUCUCUGUCUCUCUCUCUCUUUGCAAGAAAAAAAAUACAAAUAAAGUUUGGAAAGGAAGCAGGAGCAGAAGCGGCGGACCCAGGUGAGAGCAGGGAAAGCAGAAACUAUUUUUACGAUCCUGGAUCAUCGUCUGUCCUGCGAUUGCCUAAGAGAAAUUCCUCGCCCUUAUCUCUCCCUGGGUCCAAAUUCAAGCCGGCUUUGCAAAGAAAAAGAGGGAAAAGCCUCUCUCGUGAUGUCCGGCCCCACCUGGCUCCCUCCCAAACAGGUGGGCACCCCGGACAUCACCGCCUCCGCUCCGGCCACCUGCAGACCCCAAAAGAGCUUUGUCUCGGUCCCGGUCUUGCCCAAACCGUACGGGUUUCCGGAGGCGAACGGGACCAUGAACGCGGCCGGACUCUCUCCUCGCUACCAGCCACCUGUGCCAGGGCCUCCUCCUCCUCCUCUUCUCCGGGAUUCCUCACCUGAACAUCGUUACUCACCUGCAGACGAGCGCGGACCGGGAGGAUCCUGGGCGGGCAUCUCCCACUCCGCCUAUGCCUUGCAGCAGGGGGCGCCCUCGCUGGACCAGGGCCCGCCGCACUCCACCAGCAUCGACCUCCAGAUCGACUCGCUGACCAGCAUGUUGGCCGACAUGGAAGGCACCCGGCAGCAACAGCGGCGAGGAGAGAGGCCGAACCUGGACCCCUCCCCUUACUCUCCGGCCCUUCCGCAGCCCGGCGUCGCCAAACCGGUGCCAGUCUACAAGCCAGGACUUUCCGGAACCUUCCCUCCGGCCAGGCCUUCCGCCUUCAUUGCCACCGACAGCGCCUUCACCAAGAGCGGAUCCAACUACAGUGCUGUCCAGUCCUAUCCGGCCGCCUCUCCUCUUCCGGGGGAUUCCUACGGCUACCACCGGGCAACCGGGGUGCCCAGGCCGUUCCCGCAGCCCAUCCCGGCCUCUUACACCACCACCUCGUCUGCCACGGGGCCGCCGGUCAACGUCCAGGUGAAGGUGGCCCAACCGGUGUUGGGGUACCACCAGCCCAGGCGCCGGCCGGAGCUCGCCUACGGGCCUCCAUCUCCGCGGCCCAGCUACGGGGCCAGACCACCCCCGCAGUACGCCUCGGAGCCGGGGGUCCGGGCCCGGCCUCUGGAGGCGGGGGAGCCAUGGUAUCCAGAGCCCCCCUCCUACGGCCGGCGGGUGGCCGAGGGCGAGCUCUACCCCAAGGGGGGGGCACCACAGCCGGGCGUCGGGCCGUUUCUGGCCGGGAUGGGCAAACCGGCCAAGGAGGAUGCGGCCGUCGCCCCCCAGAUGCCCUCGAGCGGCGGAGGGAUGAGGUACCAGCACCAGGCCCCUCCAAGCCGCCCCGAAGAGGAGCUGGACCGACUGACGAAGAAGUUGGUCUAUGACAUGAAUAACCCUCCAUCGGGGGAAUAUUUUGGGCGGUGUUCCCGAUGUGGGGAGAACGUGGUGGGGGACGGGACGGGCUGCGUGGCCAUGGACCAGGUCUUCCACGUGGAGUGCUUCACCUGUGCCACCUGCCGGUGCCGCCUCCGGGGCCAGCCCUUCUACGCCAUCGACCGGCGCUCCUACUGCGAGUCCUGCUACAUCGUGACCCUGGAGAAAUGUUCGAUGUGCUCCAAGCCGAUCAUGGACCGGAUCCUGAGGGCGAUGGGCAAGACCUACCACCCGCAGUGCUUCACGUGCGUCGUGUGCCACCGGUGCUUGGAUGGCGUCCCUUUCACUGUCGACGCCACCAGCCAGAUCCACUGCAUCGAAGACUUCCAUCGGAAGUUUGCUCCCCGCUGCUCGGUGUGUGGCAAUGCCAUCAUGCCAGAACCCGGGCAAGAAGAGACGGUGCGGAUCGUGGCCCUGGACCGCAGCUUCCACAUUGGAUGCUACAAAUGCGAGGAAUGUGGGCUCCUGCUGUCCUCGGAAGGCGAAGGCCGGGGCUGCUACCCGCUGGACGGCCACAUCCUCUGCAAGAGUUGCAGCGCCCAACGCAUCCAGGAGCUCUCCUCCAAGAUCACCACCGACUGCUGAUGGGAUCGCCAUUACCUUCUGCCCUAUAUCCCUGCUCCUAUAAAGAUCAGUUCCUAUUUUAUUAUUCCCUCUCUGCCAAAUCCCCCAAUCUUAACUUUUUGCAGUCCCCCCAGACCCAUAAGCUGGGCUUAGCUGGAUGGUUGGGGGCUUUCCGAUGUUUCCCUUCCUUUAAUUAUAGUCUCAAUCAGGCCUGGGCCAACUUGUGGCUUCCAUCCAUGUAUUUUGGACUGCAACUCCCAGCAUUCCUAACAGCCUCAGGCCCCUUCCUUUUGCCCCUCCUGUUAGGAAUGGAGGGAGUUGCAGUCCAAAACACCAUGGUUUACACCAGGAAAUAUAAUCCGAUAAUGGGACACACUUUACAAAUGUCCAUGGGAGUUGCUGUCCAAAACUCCUUAAGCGGCGGAGGGGCAAAAGGAAGGGGCCUGAGGCUGUUAGGAAUCCUGGGAGUUGCAGUCCAAAACAAAAGGAAGGAAGCCCCAAGUUGGCCCAGGCCUAGUCUGAAUGACUGAAACUUCCAUCACUCCUGGCUUGUUAUUGCAGGGCUGUGUCACAAUUUGAAUUAAAGAUGUGUCAAACUUC